UGCAUGCUGGGAACCAACAGUUCCCAGCCCGCCUCCUUUUCCGCUGUUGGAGACUCCCGAUGCUUUAACCCUUUGGUGUCAUUUUCUCCUUCCGGUUUGCCCCGAGUACCACACAGUAUCCCCCCACCCACCUCCUCCGGAGGGGAGAAUUCCUUCCUGACUGCCAAAAACCCAAACCCGUGGCGCCUUCAGGGCGCGCGUGACAGCUUCCCCCCCUUCCCGGCCACGUGAGAGGAGGAGGAGGCCCGCGUCUAGCGACCAGACCUGUCAACCGACCAGGGGGCGAGGGGGGGGGGAGAGGGACGAGCAGGCGGAGACUUGAAGCGGCGUUGGUGUUAUGUGUCUUCGCGCGUGGCCGUGCGUGCGCGCGCGCGCACGGGCCUGCCUGCCUGCCUUUCUCCCCAUAGGCUGACGUGCGGGUGCCAGAGCUUGAGGCGGCCGCUGCCCUCGCCCCCGUGCCGUCGUCGGCGUCGAUCGCAGUGCGCUGGGCAGCCGCGCGGGGGUUCCUCACAGAGCGAGCCAAGUCCUUAACGGGAGAAGAAGGGGGAAAGGAAAGCGGGCAAGAAGAAAGCUGAGGCGGCGGCGGCGGAGAGAGAGAGAGAGAGUUUGUGUGUGAGGGAGAGAGAGAGAGGAGGAAGGAAGGCGGCGCGCGCGCUUCUCUGUCCGCGCGCGCCUCUAGAGGGAGCAAGGAGGAGGCGGCGGGCGCUGCUGCUGCUGCUACGACUGCUACUCCUCGGUCGGCGUCCCUUCCCUUCUCUCCUUCCUCCCUCCCUCCCUCCCUCCCCGACCGGAGUGUCCUCCCUUUACCUACCCACCCACCCUCUCCUCCGCCUCCUCCUCCCGGACUGAGCGAGCGAGGGAGCAGCGAUGGCGGCCGCCGGGGCUCUCUCCAAGCACGAACAGAUCCUGGUCCUCGAUCCGCCCACCGACCUCAAAUUCAAAGGUACGAGAGAGAGAGAGAGCGGGCGGAGGAGCAGGAAUCCUUCCCAAUGGUUGGGGGAGGGCGGCGGCGGCUGCGAUACCCAAAAGGGUGGACGGGGAAAGGCAACUCUUUCCUCCCCCGCCCGGCGCCGUGUUUAACGGUGGGGCUGAGAGAUGUGUGGGGAGGAGAGCGGAGCGGGCGGCAAGAAGGCCUGGCCCAGCCGCCCUCCUUCCGCGGAGAUUCGGGUGGGAGGUUUGAAUCGGGAGGGACGGGACGAGGCGUCGCCGUCGCCAUCUUGCUCUCGCCUCCUGUCUUCUCCCGCCCCGGUUCGCCGUCGGUGUGCGGUGCUGAGGCGGGAGCCUCUCUUCCCUCCCCCGCUUCCCCGACCUCCCCGCGUCAUCCUGAGCAGCCGGCUUGGCCGGCCCCAAUUACGGCUCCAUCCGCCGGCGGAGGGCGGGAGAGGGAAGCUGGCCUGGCGAGUCUGCGGAGCCGGCCUUAGGCGCUGCCAGCUCCUCCGCCCCUCCCCGGGCUCCUCUUCCGCAGCGCAGCCUGGACCAGGCCCUGCUUGGGCCAAAUCUGCUCUUGGCCGGCCACCCGCUCGCCGCUGUGAGAGGAGUGCGGGGACGGCUUUCGCGCCACCCGUGUUUCCACGAGAGGCUCAAGAUGCGGCUGGGCAGCCCUUGUAUAAGAUGGGGGAGGGGGAAACUCUGCACGUUUCCUACAUUUCCAGGCGGCGCCUUCCCUUCCCCCGAUUUCGUUGCCACCUCGAUUCUUCCAUUCUGAUAUACCUGUAGUCGAGUGGUGGUAUCUUGCACCAACGCCCUCUGACGUGUCAUGUAAGGAGCUCGGUAAUGGGCGUUUUCCAUAGCAACGACACUCUUGAUAUUGGACACCUUGGGUUUAGUGAACGACACGUUUUUGUUGUUGUUGUUGGCAGAAAUAAAAGCUUCCCCUCCCCCCGCCCCGCAGGUGUGUUUCCUGAGACCGUGCAUCGAAUAUAAGAAUCGUGUACAAAGUGCAGGAUAAGUUUCUGUGCUUUGAGUAUUUGUUGCUUCGGUAUUCGGUGUGUUCUUAUUUGCAGAAUGUUUCUAAUGCGAUAUAUACAGAAUAUAAAUUUUUUUUUAGUUAUCCCCCAUUAUAGCAGUGAUAUAGAUGGUGAUGAAAUUGUAAUGCCAUUCGGAAAAGUGUCAAGAUUCUUGGAGGGUAAUUGCCAAAACACAGUAAACAUAUUCUGUUAGUCGUAAAAUUGUACUCUGUCUCUGAUUAGCACUAGGUUGAAUGGAUGGCUUUAGAAACAUCACAAUCUAGGUCUCAGUUGUCCACUUAUAAGAGGAAUUAAUAUUACUUAAGUUACCGAGUUAGGUAUAGGGAGGACUAUAGUAAUACUAUAACCUCUUGAGCUAGAUUGUAACUCUAACUGAAAAAUAUAUCAUUUUGAGCAAGUUUGUAAUAUUCAAAAGUUGAUUAAUGGGAGUUUAGGGGAGCAGGCAGUUAAAAUGACAUAUUAGUGUUAGUUUUUUGGACACUUGGGGUGAUAAUGUAAUAUUGUUGCUCAAAGAAGGAAGUUGUGAAUUCAGGUAGCAUUUUAUAAUUUUAUUUAUUUAUUUUAUUUUUUAUAUUUUAAAUAGCAUUUCAGAAUCUUCAAGCUCUGUUGCAACUUGACAAUCAUAAAUCAAUUUUAGUUUAAAACCUCAAGCUAAACUCAUUGCUUGGGAAUCUCACUAUUUUUUUUGUGAAAUUUACAGAUAAUGUGUUCAGGAGGAAGAUAUGGAAAUGUAAAAAUUUAGACUUAAUUGAUAAAAGUUACUUAUUAUGAGGUUUUUUGUGGUGGAGGUGGGAUGAAGAGUAAGAUAGAAUGUUGUGGAAUUCUUAUGGAAUCUGGCCAUUGAAAGUUUGUGUGACAUACAGCUUGAGCUGAUGUGUGUUUACUCAGAAGUAAUUCCCAGUAAGCUUUAUUAGAUUUACUCCCAGGUAAGUAUACAUGGGUCUGCAGCAGGCCUUCAGCUUUGGUUCUUGCAUUACCUAGGGAAGUCAUCUAGUUGAAUCAGUUAAGGUUUACUUCAGAGGAAUUUUUGAAGCAUCUACCUGUUGGGAGGCAUGCUACUUUUUAAAUCAGUUUUUUAAAAUGCCUGAUAUGUUUGCAUUUUUAGAAUAAUCUGUAGCAUAAAACCAGAUAGUGGUUUCAUUAUAGCACCUGAACACAACUCAAAAGUAACUUAAAAGAAGAACAUUUGCUUUGUUUGUAUAAAGCCCAGUCAAUGGCAUUUUCAGCUUAAAAAACAACAACUUGGGUGGCAAAGCUGAAGGUGUACAGUCCUUAGCUAGGUAGAAUACAUAGAUGUACCUUACCCUUGGUAUGCUGGACUAUCCUAAGUCUGUUUAUUCAAAAGUAAGUUGUCCUGAAUUCAAGUUAGUGUGUUUAGUACUGUUGCCUCAGUUAAAUUUAAAUCUGAAAUGAAUAUACUUGUAAGCCUGUUUACUCUGAUAAAACUUCUAAGCAAGUUUGCUUAGAGUAGCAACCACAAUGUGGUAAUGUACAGUGCAUGUAAACCAAGUGUAGGCCUAUUGAGUCUUGCCCUUGAGUCUCACUGGCAUAUAUAGACAUUUGUAUAAGUAAAUAUACAAAUAUUUACAAACGCCAGCUCACUUGGCCUGAAAGUGAGAUGAGUACCGCAACCCAUAGUCGCCUUUGACUGGAUUUAACCAUCCAGGGAUCCUUUACCUUUACCAUAUAAGUAAAAUGGUUGUCAUUGCCAAAUGUAUUGAAACAAUUAAGUAAUGGGAUUUCAGUUUGUUUCAGAAUACAGAAGGAUCUGGACACAUUCUCAUCCAGAGCUAUGAUAAAGUGGAUUUCUGCCACAAUCUUAAAACAGGUUUCCCUAGCAAAUAAAGGCUUAGGACAGAAUAUAUGGAGUGCUGUGCCAGUGCAAUAUCACAAAUGUGACCUUAUGCUGAUAUUGCAGGCAGACAAUUCAGUGCAAAUGUUUCAGAUCAGGAUGUAAGUGCUACAGGAAUCAACAUAAUUUCAGUAGUUAUGAUAACCUGACUUUUAGACAUACUGCAGCUUGUAAAAAAAUGUUUAAAGUUACACGAAGAAUUGUGAUAAUACAAAAUAAUUGAAAGUUUAUGACACAGUUCCAAAGAUGUUUUGACAUUGCUGACAAUGCAUUGGCAUUAACAUAUUUAGAAUAAGGGUAGUAGUUACACUGGAUCCAUAUUUAAACCCCAGAAAAGCUUAUAAUAUAAACACUUUUUAAAAAUUGUAAUAUUAUGCUGAAACAGGCUAGAACUCUUUACAUCAUAAUUCAAAAUAAAAGAUUUUGCUUCAGUUCACCGUUUGAGUAGUACAAACAAAUGUGUCACUUUCAUUGCCUUUGUAUGUUGCUGAUAAUGCAAGUGUGCUUAAGUGGUAAACAAGACAAAAGUAUUUCAAAUAUAAGUUCAAAAUUACUAUUUUACGUUCUUAAAAGUUACAGUUGAGCAGUCAGUGCCAGGCUGUCUUUCUCUGGUCAGGACACAUUGAUUUUGAGUUAAUAGCUUAUUGCAUUGCCAUAAAAUUUAUUUUAAAAUGUUUCCUUUGUAAAAAAAAAAAAGGUGUUUCUUAAUAAAAAGUCUCUUAAAUCCAAUAAUGAUGAAACAUUCUUAAUAACAAUGGAUGAUGUUUAGUGCAUAACUGCAUGUGGUUAAGUUAAAGUUGAAAUAGAUGGGCCUCAAUCAUGAAUAGCGAUGUUAAAUCCCUCAGAUAUCCGAUUUAAAUUUUAUCAUAUAGUAGGGCUGAAAGAGAUGUCUGCCUUGGAAAGGAAUUGCCAGCUGAAAUACUUGGCUAGGUGGCCAAUAGCUUGACCCAAUAGAAGACACCUUAUUGUAACUAUGUGCUAUAUCCUUAAGGGGGAGAUCCAUUGUAGCUUGAAUGGGUGUCCACUCGUGUAAUGGGGCUUCCCUUUCUGGGGGACCCCUUGAAACAAAUCUGGGGGGCAGAUGGAGGUUAGAGAAGAGCAGUGUUAGAAAUUAGUCAGUUGUGUUUUGCUACUGGCAUGGGUCCAGUUGUGACCACAUGCAGAUCUCCAUCUGGCUGGCUUCUCCAGCUUUCUUAAGCAGGUAAGCAGAAGAGCUUGUUUACUGCAUUUAUAUCCCACCUUUUUCUCCAAGGAGUACAUGGUUCACUUCCUCCCUCCUCCUCCCUCCCUACCUCAGCGACCCUGUGAGGUAGGUUAAGAGGUGGUGACAGGCCCAAGGUCACCCAGUGAGCUUCAUGACUGAGUGGAGAUUUGAACCCUGGCCUCCCAGGUCCUAGUCUAAUAUUCUAACCACUACACCACACUGGCUUCCUAGAUUACUUCAGUUGUGGGGCAGCUAUAUUAAUUAAGUAGGUAAAUAAAUAAACAGGGGAAAGCAAAAUGUCACGGAAGAAUCUGAAAUAUUUUCCUUGAAGUUUGCAUUUGUUUUAUUCUGGAUUGUUUUAUUUGAUGUUUUAAUGUGUUGUAAACACAUUAUAUCUUUAAAAUAUGAAGCAGUAUAGAAAUGAAAUGAAAAAUCAUAAUAAUAAAAAUAAAUUUCAGUGUUAAAAAAUGGUGUCUAGAUAUUCUGUUGUGGUGACCACAACCUUGGCUUAAGGUGCCAUUUGGUGAUUAGCUUAUAUAUCGUGAGUUUCUCACACUGGAAAAGAGAAACCAGAAGUUCCAUUACACAAGCAGGUUAAAUAAUUGUAUUUCACCCAGUGGAUUUAAGGUGCCACACAUAACUAUUCUCUGUUGGUUACAAGUUUACACUAGCCAUUGUUAACACUGCCCAUAUUAAAGAACAACAUUUCAUGCUUAGUUAUUACAUUUCAAGUACAGUGGUGCCCCGUAAGACGAAUGCCUCGCAAGACGAAAAACUCGCUAGACGAAACGGUUUUGCGUUUUUUGAGUCGUUCCGCAAGACGAAUUUCCCUAUGGGCUUGCUUCGCAAGACGAAACGUCUUGCGAGUUCUUGCGAGUUUGUUUCCUUUUUCUUAAAGCCGCUAAUAGCCGCUAAGCCGCUAAUAGCCGUGCUUCGCAAGACGAAAAAACCGCAAGACGAAGAGACUCGCGGAACGGAUUAAUUUCGUCUUGCGAGGCACCACUGUACAGGUAGUUUAGUUACUGAUGGAAUUUCACCAUGGUGAAGUCAUGAUGACAUAUUUUGUAAUAUUGUAUUGGUGCAUCAAAAGGUUUAAGCAUUUUUGGAAAUCUCUGCAAAUAGAGCACAGAGGCUGUAGAAUACUUUAGGCUUAACUAUAAACUGCAGAAUGUUGGAGACUUGGUGGAUAAUUGUUAAAACUGGUCUGAUAACAGAAGUAUAGUUCACCAUUGCAUAGCUGCUGGUAUUGCAAAGGAUAUACACUUACUGCAAAUUGAGACGCUUGCACUUAAGAGUAAAAAUAGCUCACCAUUAAACCCAUCCCUCUGCCUUUAAGAUCGGUUGCCAAAAUUGGUCAUUGGUAUGUCUUUCAUGUAGGCAGGGUUGGAACAUUUUAAAUAUGUAUCUGUCAUAUGUCGGUAUGUCUUUUUUAACUUAGUUUAUGUUUUUCUCAAACUUAAGACACUGAAGGAAAAUAAGUGAGAAUUUUCAUGAUCUGGCUAAUGUAAUAGCUGUUUCUUGCAUCACAGUUUCAUAUGCACACAUCUUUCAUUUAAUUUUUAAGAUACCUGUUGGGGCAAAUUGGUAUUUGACUUCUGCAUGUCUAAUGUGGAGUAUUAAAAUAGAUCUGCAUACAUGUAAUAUGAAACAGCCCUCAUAUUGAUUAGACAUUUGCAUUGCUGUUUCAGAAGUCCAUUAAGUGAGAUAGUAAAUUGGCUUUCUGGGUGCAAAAACUUCUGUGUUGGUACAUUCUAAGGUGGAAAUAUACUGCAAAAUAUAUUAGAUCAGAAAUAGAAUUAUAGGACUGUAAACAGUGAUGAGAGUCUUUUAGAAAAAAAUCCAAUGCAAGUUAGUUUGCAUAUGGAAAUUUGCACUAGUUUUUUGUUUGUUUGUUUUUGGUGCUCCAGGUGAGGCCUGAACUCACUAUAAGUUUUUUUGAUGUGCUAGAGAAUGAUCUAAUUUAGCAUCUUUAUUUUACUUGUAUUUAGUAAGCAGUGCUAAAAAUAUUGAAACUGCCAAGUUCGCCUAAUAUAUUUUCCAUUUAUAUCCGUGCAUUGUUGUUAAUUAAGUUAUGAAGUGGAAAAAUAAAGCGCUGGAAAAUGUUCUGUCCCCACAUCACUGGCCAAAACAAACUUGGUUUCAUUCAUUCUAAGUCCAAAACACUUUUUAGUUUUGCAAUCUUAAUGCAUGUUUACUUGGAGAAAAAUUCUACUCAGUUCUUAAAGUUGCGGUUGGGCAGGUGGGUAUUGAUUUCACCUUUAAUUUCACAGGUUGCCUUCUUGCAUAAACAAAGCUACUGAUAUUUAGGCUGUAAUCCUAUGCACUCUUAAUAGGAAACAAGUCCCAUUGAAAUUGCUGAGACUUCUCAAUAAAGAUGCAUGGCAUUUCAUUGUUGAGUCUAAUUUCUGUAAUUACUGUUUUGGUAAUCUCAGAUGAUUGUCUAUUAUUUCCAGAAAUUAUUGCUUAAAUCUUACCAGUAUUUCACAUAAAAUGCACUGGAUUAUAUCAGACAGAAUCAUAUUGCCCAUGGAAGGACCCUUCUGCUCGUGGAAUGAUCAUAGCACUAAAACAAUUUUGUAAAAAAAGUAUGGCUUCCUAUAUAGCAGUUGGAAGUCUUUAUUUAUAUUUUAUCUUUGCAAAUCAAUAUAGAGCACAACAGUAUAGACAAUACAGUUAAUAACACUGCUAGAAAGUUCUAGGGAGGUUGUAGUAUGAAGUAUGGUUACAGAAGUAUAAAACUGGGAAUAAAAAUUCUGCCUGUUAUAGCUCUGAGGCCACCUGUGCUGCAGUGGUUGAAUACAAAGCCAGUUAAAGCAAAUGGUUUGGGCUAUUUAAUGCUGGGGAGCAGAGGAGUUUGUCAGAAACGUCUUUAGUAGAUUUGAGUCAGUUGAGCAUGAUAUCACUCCAGUAUUGUUUGUAACUUCUAACCAGAAAGUAGUAAAUGACUAGAAUAGUUAAGGAAUGGUAGGUGGGAAUUAAUGCUCUUCAUUUUUGUAUAAUUGUUGCUCAUAUUUGUCCACCAGACUGCAGUUUAAUAAAUGCAAUGUCAUUAGGAUUUCUACUAGAUGAAAUUCUUUUGGAUGAACUAUAUAGGGUCUUGUAUGUCAUGUAUUGAUAAUUAAGGAGCUGUAAUGAACAACGCUGUGGGUUAAACCACAGAGCCUAGGACUUGCCGAUCAGAAGGUUGGCGGUUCGGAUCCCCGCGACGGGGUGAGGUCCUGUCACUCAGUCCCUGCCCCUCCCAACCUAGCAGUUCAAAAGCACUUCAAAAUGCAAGUAGAUAAAUAGGUACCGCUCUGGUGGGAAGGUAAACGGCGUUUCCGUGUGCUGCUCUGGUUCUCCAGAAGCGAGAUGAGCGCCGCAACCCCAGAGUCGGCCACGACUGGACCUAAUGGUCAGGGGUCCCUUUACCUUUAAUGAACAACUGGAUCAUACUGUGAAAUGUUAGUCAAUCUAGGCUAAUAAAAGGAUUCAUGAUGCUCUACUACCUUAGGUGGUACUUCAUUCCAGAAUAAUUUGUCUAAUGCGCCUCAGCACAUCAUACCAUUAUAUUGUUGCACAAAAGCCUUGAUAAUAUUAAUGAAUGCAGCAUAAAAAUCUCCAUAGGACACAGACAAGAGCCCAUCCUCUCUCAGACCAAAGGUAGCCUUUCAUGAGGGGAAUUCUGUGUAUCUAGAAGCAGCAUACCAUAUUUUAACUAUACAACAACAAGGAAUAAUGUGCUCAUCAGUAACUUAACUUUUCCUGAUGAAGGAAUAAUUUUGACUUAGAAUGCAUGGGGUUCUUUUUCUGUCAGUCAACGUAUUGCAGUAUCCAUCUGCUGACUUUUUGUGCUGUGUUUGCUUUGGAACCUUCAUUUUUGUUGGUCUGCUAAAAUAAUAACAAGCUGGUUGUUGAAGUAAGGCCUGACAUAUUUGUUGCAAACAUUAGGUGUAUAAUGGGUUUGAUCUUGGCUGGGUGUGUAUUAACUGGGGCUUACAUAAUAUUAUUUGCUUAGUUCAUCAUAUCCUAGAGUAUCAGUAUGUUGCAUUUCCUGUAGUUGCUUAUCUCAGUUGGUAUACUGCUCUAAAUUAUUAAUGUGAUUUUUAGUGUGCUGAACAUGAAGACAAGGUAAGUUGACUUUAAAGGAAUGUUGUAGAUUCCUUUUAAAAAAUCAUUUUAAUUUUAAAGAGUCUGUUAACAGUGCGAUUAAAUAACUUCAUAUAGGAGAAAAUAUUUUAUUGUACCUGUUUAUUAUCUCUUCUUAUCUAUUCCUUGCUUACAAAGUGAUUUAAAGCUGGACAAGUAGUAGUAGUAUUAUUUGAAAGUAUGACUUUUAAAUAUAUGAGUUACUGUUCUAUGUAACAUGCAAACUAACAACAAAAAUAAAUUUAGUUAUCCAAUUUCUAUUUGUAUGAGGUAAUAUGUUGGCAGAUUAUUAUUAUGUAUAAUGCAUGUGAUUCUUUACUAAGUAAUAUAAUCAAGAUAAAUCCUGAAGAACCUUAAAUUUGGGUACUUACCGAGGGAUGGGAGACAAACAAAAGAGUUAAGCCAGAUGUUUUAUGCAAUAGGUGAUCGUUGAUGAGGAACUUGAAGGAAAAUGAUGCCACCACUUGGGUGUUCUGGGCUUAAAUGGGCCAGCAAGGGAGAGCAAGUGGGAUCAUUUUUAGAUGAGGUGGCCAACAUGGGCCCUUCCAGAUGUUAAGAUCAGUGUUCGAAACUACCAUUAUUCUAGGCACAUUUAGUGACAGGGAAUUUCAUAAAAGUGAGCAGUUUCUGAGCUCUGGGUACAGUACUGCUCCUAAGAUUUCAGAUUAAAACUGGCACUGCGGGUGUGGGAAGAGAAAUUCCUCCCCACUAGACUUCCAAUAUAUCUAGGGUUCAUCUUAUGGAAAAAUAUGGCAAGUCUUAGAUUUGCGAACUGGACACUCAAGGUGGGUGUCUCUGCCAUCAGUUGUACAGGCCUUUAACAUGUGUUAGUUGUGGUGCCAAAAAAUAUAUAUUUAUCUGAAGGAAAGGAUGUGUAGGGAGAAUCCAGGGCUUGUCUGCAGAGUGGAAGGAAAGAAGGACCUUUUUCUGCUUUCCCGCUUCCAACCAUUCUCUGAAGACUGGAGAAGAGAUUCUCUUAAGAAUACAGUGGUACCUCGGGUUACAGAUGCUUCAGGUUACAGAUUCCGUUAACCCAGAAAUAGUACCUCGGGUUAAGAACUUUGCUUCAGGAUGAGAACAGAAAUUGUGCCGUGGCAGCAGCGGGAGGCCCCAUUAGCUAAAGUGGUACCUCAGGGAGGCGGGCGGGGGAAGCAUGGCUUUGUUUUUUGCAGUCUUCAGAUGAGGACUAGCAGCAGUUCAUUCACUUACAGCUUUGUAUUCUUGUUAUUAAAAAGUGUGCCUAGACAUUCUGUUGUUGUGCCUAUAACCUAGGUUUAAGGUGCCAUUUAGCUUCUAGCUUUCAUAUUUCAGUUUCUAACAUUGGUUAAGAAUACAGCUCAACCAUUCCUGCCCAUUGGCAAUGCUGGUUAAGGCUAUUGGAAGCUGUAGUCAAACAGCAUUUGGAGGGCACCUUGUUGGAUACCCCUGCUCUAAGAAUAUAAGACUUUUGGACAGGCUGAGGAUGAUAGUAGUUGAAUGACUAAAGGUCAUGGACAAUGGAGGUAUUUAUGGAAGAAAUGAUAUCGCAUGAAGGAAGGAAGAGCCGCAUGAUUUUGACAGGAUAGUUCUGGACAGAGGUGAGAGGAUCUAAGUGUUCAAAGGGGAAGGCCAGAGAAACGGUUUUCUCAUCAGGAACAAAUAACGGUGUUCCUCUGGAUAUUCUCACUGGGGUAUAAGGACUCAGGUGACCUUUAAGGUAUCUGGGACCCUAGUUGUUCAGGGCUUUGUAUGAACCUUGAACCUGCCCAGUAGCAUUUGGGCAGCCAGUGCAGAUGCUUUAGCAGAGAUGUCACAUACAGUCAGCCCUCCUCCCACAAGCAGUAGGCCCACUGUAUUAUACACUAGCUGGAUCUUUUGGACCAGGCCGAAGGGCAGCCGCACAUGGAGCUCCACACAGAAAAUCUCUAGUUAUAGGUAAGGCAAAAAUUGCUUGGGUUGUUCUGAAUGCCAAAUCACUUUACAGUGGUGCCCCGCAAGACGAAUGCCUCGCAAGACGAAAAACUCGCUAGACGAAAGGGUUUUGCGUUUUUUGAGUUGUUCCGCAAGACGAAUUUCCCUAUGGGCUUGCUUCGCAAGACGAAACAUCUUGCGAGUUCUUGCGAGUUUGUUUCCUUUUUCUUAAAGCCGCUAAACCGUUAAUAGCCGCUAAGCCGCUAAUAGCCGUGCUUCGCAAGACGAAAAAACCGCAAGACGAAGAGACUCGCGGAACGGAUUAAUUCCGUCUUGCGAGGCACCACUGUAUUAGGAUUUAUCUAAAGAAGAAAAUGUUUACAUGCUAUUCAUUAUACUCUUGUGCAAGUACUAGCGGAAGGUUACUUGCCGCACAGUACUAAGGUAUAUCAGGGUUUGCAUUGAGAAGCAUGUUGAAUAAGUAGUGCAUGAACUACUUUUUAUGGGUCAUAAAGUCUUUGAAAGAGCAUGUGCCAAAUCUUGGGCUGGAGCUUGCACAAGUAGAAUAACUUUUUUGGAUAGGGAAUCACUUUUCUAAUGCAGUGCUCUCCCAGUAGGUCAGAAACAACCAAUUUCUGGUAGCAGAAAGGCAUUUUUGAUCCAAGCCAAUAUCAUAAAAUUUAGAAGCCAUUUAAAAUGGUGUAAUAUGCAGCCCCUGUUGGUAAUGGAAUAUAUUCUGUGCUAUUUUGUUACAUUUAAUGGAGAAAUAUGCGUAACAUUUAUACUAGCAUAGUGAACAGCAUUGGCACACGUUGCAUUUAUAUCCUCAUAAACAGCUGCUGGCACUCCUGGUUUGGCACUGUAGUGUACAACCGGAAACAUAGACAGUAUGAUUGAAAAGUUCAGUUACCUAGAAGACAUUUGUGCCAAGAACAGGAAACAGGCUGUACAGCUGACAUAGUUUGCUACGCCAUGGGUGGGUGAACUGGGGUGGUUUAAGGAAGCCCUUGGUAUGAGAAUCUUACAUGUUGUAAAGCACUGUGGCCAUUAAAUAUGGGGUUGGGAGAAUUGAGUUGCAACCCAAUUUGUACAUGUUUACUUAGAAGUAAGGUUCACUCAGACUUACUCUGAUUGCCGUCUCAGGGUGGAAUCCUGUACAUACGUACCUGAAGUAUUUACUUCUGAAUAAACAUGCAUAGUCUUGUGUUGUUAGUCUCAAAUAAUCAUGUAGUUUGGGAAGUCAAUGAGGUGGGUUUGUUUGUUUUGUUUAAGAAAACAUCAAUCCCUCAUAUUUUUUGGAUUGAUAUAAAUUAUAUCCUGCCUUUCUUUUGGGACAGGAUCCAAGGCGGCUCAGAGCUUGAAUUUCAACAAACGCAACUAGAAACAUAGUAUCAGUAUAAAUACUAACAAUUAAAUAAGUAACCCUAUUAAAAACAACACUGAAACCAAUUAAAAGCACAGAAGAAAGAAAAGAAUGUACAAAAUCCAUAUACUGCUUUAAUUUAAAGCUGAUCAAUGAAUGCUAGGUAAUACAUAAAUGUAAAGUCGAUAAGAAGAGAUUAGGUCUGCAUAAGACUACCUGCUUAAAAGGUAGCUAAAAUUUCAGAUCUCAGUCUCAAUACUAAGUGCAAUGUGACAUAUUCAUUUCUUUAUGAAAAAAUGUUAAGAGGAAAAUUGUAGUGCUGUACUUUCGUCCUUAGCUUUGGCAAUAUGUAGCACGAUACCAGGAGGACCCUUCUUUGAUUUUAAAAGUGUAGCAUACUGAAUGCAUUUUCUAGCCAGUCUGGUGAAGGCUAGUUUCUCUACAGUAUAGUCAAACAUAGCCCGACAAGCAGUGCUCUAAAAAGCAUUCACACCAAGGCCGUUGGUGGUAAUGAGAUUUUGUUGAAGUAAUUCAGAAAUAAGUCCGUCGACCAGUUUCUGGCUAUAUUGAAGCUAAAGUCUUUUAUUUUUAAAAGACUCCUAAUUAUUUAGCUGCAUGCAUAAUUUUCUUCAGUUUCAUAAUGUUUAUAUUAUUAACAAUGGCCAGCUAACAAUAAUUCUUUGUACUUUACCCUGUGAUAGAAAUUUAGAAAAUGACUUUGAAUAUAACUGUGCAUCAAGGAAAAAUCUGUCAGUUUAAGUUAAGUUCUUUUUUGUUCUACAGUUAAUAACAGUCAAAUUCUGUUUUUGGAGCAGAGCCUUUUCAGCAUGUGAUUUGCUUUUACUCACUUCUGGGGGAUACCCCUGGAAGUUCAGUGCUAAUCCUGUUAAUUGCUUUGAAUGGUUCCUAGAUGAAUAACAUUAGAAAGGGAUUGUAUGUAAACCCAUCUUGGCUCGUGGUGUUAACAAUCAUUUUUGGUUGUAUAGUCAGAUGUGGCUUCUUUUAGUCAGGUGGCACCUGUAAGACCUGUGUUUUAUUUAUAUACCGUAUUGGCCCGAAUAUAAGCCACACCCGAAUAUAAGCCGCACCUUUAAAAUUCAAGGGGGGAAAAGACGAUACCCAAAUAUAAGUUGCUCCCUUAAAAUUCUGCAGGCACUCACACUGUUUAAUUUCUCCAUAGAAGUAAUAUCUCUCACUGUCAUUUAAGAGCAAAACAGCUUUUAGAAAGCUUUCUGUGCUAAGAAUUUCUCUUGCAUAAGUUGACAUAUGUUCAGGAAUACACUGAUACUAUUAAUUUGAUACCAUGUUGACAGUCUAGCAUGUAUGUGUUAUAAACAUGAGCUGUUUUCUACUUUUCAUAUUUUGUUUACAGAAGAAUAAUGGUUGCAUGUAGCAUAAGGGCUACUAAGAUGCCACCUGAUCUGACAGUUGUUCUCCAUCAUAAUUGUUUUGCUACAUCAGACUUGGGUUCAGUGUAGUCCAGCGCUCUGUCACCAACAGCAGCCAGUAAGAUGAUCCUGGAAAACACACAGGUAGUGAUAGAAGAGAGGGCCUAUUUGUCCCUAGAAUUUGGUAAUCAGAUAGAUGUUGUCUCUGAGUAUGGAGGAUCCAGGUUUUUUUUAUUUGUUUUAAGUUGAAGAGGAUUUAGAGAGCUCUUGGGAUAAGAUGGUUAAAGUCAAAUAAUAAUUUCUUUCCAAAUAGGGGCCACAUAGGAGAAAUUCCAACACGCUUGUGCAAGGGUAACAUGAUCUUCCAUGUUGAAAGAUCCAUUUUUGGCUUUUAUGGUUAAACCUAUUGCCAGGUCAUUCAUUUUUUAAAUUUCCUGGCCAGUGCAUUUAUAUGUUAAAUAAAUAUCUCAUUUUAUUGGUCCUGGACCAGUUGUUAAUUUCACUGUACUACCCAAGAACCUAAGAGCUCAGAGAGAGGAAAUACUUUUCUUCAUUCCUUGCACAUCAUGAUUUUACAAGCUUUAUUAUGUUCCAUCUUGGCUUCCAUUUUCUGAACUAAAAUAUUCUAAUUUCUUCCACCUUUCUCUUUAUGCAAGAUGCUUGGCUUAUUUUGGUAAUUAGCUACUCAGUGAUCAUCCAGCUGCAGGGAGCAUUCAAAUGCACGUGCACCAUAGAUCUAUGUAAUGACAUAAUGACACAAAUAUAUAGUUCUGUUUUCAGCUAAUAGGAUCUCCACCAAAUGAUGGGAAUUUUUGUAGCAAUAUGGUCAUAGCAGGACACAUCUUUUUACAGCUGAUUUUUCUCCACUGUUUCUUUUCUUGGCCACUGUUCCCUUCUUUUUGUCCUUUGAGACCUCUGCCUCUAUCUGCUGCCUCAUUGGCAUGCUUGCCUCUGGCUGUUUACGUGCCUUCUCUUUUUCAUUCUUUUUCAGCUGUGGCUUAUCCUUGUGGCUGUUAGUGAGAUGCCAGCCUCAAAAAAAUAAAAUAAUAAAAAUAAAAUAAUUCAAAUGGAUGGAUCCUUGCUGGUUUUUAUUGACAGUCAUGAAAAUAGGUUGGCGUAGUGCAGGGUGCUGAGCCAUGGGCCAGAUGAGGCCCACCAAUCUCUGUAAAUUGGUUUACAAGGCUUCUUCCUCCACAUUGGAGUUCUGAGCUAGAAGUAGACGAACCUCCCAGCCCAGUGUUGCAAUGGGGGGAAAUUAUGCUGUCUUUUCAGAGACCAUUCUCGGCCGUUCAGCAGUAGGUCUCUGAAGAACAGAAACCGCUACUGUUCUGGUAUGUGUGUGUGAUGCAUGUUCCUUUUCCAGUCUUUCUCUUCCAUGAGGUUGUUUUCCAGAAUAAAUGUUGCAGAUUCCCUAAACGAUAUUUUUCCUUCCCUAUCAGCUUGGACAUCAUAUUCCUGUGAUAGCAGAGUAGUUUAGGCAAAGGCAGGAGAGGUUUUGGACAGUAUUGCACAGAGGAUCCUUUUUCUAAUUAUUUCCAAUUUUUAUUUUGGUGUUUUCACUGCCAUAGCACCAAUGGCUACGUGAAUGGAAGGCUGCUCUUACAACUUAUUUUCCGCUCUGCCCUCUGAAAGGUAUCUCCAGAGGGUUUGAAUAGUAUGGGCUGUGUCAUGGGGACUAUAGGAGGAGAAGGGAAUUGUCAAAAACCAGCCAGAGAAACAUUGCCUGAGCAGAGCAGAGCACAAAAAGAGUAUUAAUUGAGGCAGGGACUUGCUGGUAGGCUUUUCUAAACUGCAAGAUAUUGGGAGAAAGGAUGGAAGACAAUAAUAACUUGCUGGUCACCAUUGACUACCUCUUAAACAUGGUUUGUGGAUAUGUCUUGAUUUGGACCAUUGGUUUGCUUGUGAUGCCUGUUUUUGGAGAUCACAUCUAACAAAUAGACUAAUUACUAAACAUAAACCUUUAACAAUUUCAGGUCCCUUCACAGAUGUAGUCACUACAAAUCUUAAAUUACGAAAUCCAUCGGACAGAAAAGUAUGUUUUAAAGUGAAGACUACAGCACCUCGUCGAUACUGUGUGAGGCCAAACAGUGGAAUUAUUGACCCAGGUUCUUCUGUAACUGUAUCAGGUAAAAAUGUUUGGUUGUUUUUCUUUCUUUUAUUAGCAGUGUGGAACCUUUUUCCUCUCUAACGGCCACAUUCCUUUGAUGGCCCAUAUAAGAUCAGCGUACACUGUUGGGCCUGAUGAGCAUUUACUGUUCCCAACCCAAAUCCUGCAGAAAGCCAUCUAAUUCAGAUUUUAAUUUUAUCCUGACUUCUUUUUAAGAGGUGAUUUAAUUACUGUUUGAUUUUAUAUCAAUGUUUAUAUUUGAUUUUAGCCGCUCUGAGUCCGGUCUCGGCUGGCGAGGGCAGGAUACAAAUAAAAGUUUUAUUUUUAUUAUUAUUAUUAUUAUUAUUAUUAUUAUUAAUGAAAGUUGUCUGGGUCCACAUAUGAGCAGUGAGCAGGGCAAAUUCCAAAAUGGACAGGGCCGAAGCAUGCAUACACUGACUCCAGUCACACAUCCACACUAAUACAUAAAGUUUUCUUGACUUCCACUUUGCAUACAGUGGUACCUCGCAAGACGAAUGCCUCGCAAGACGGAAAACUCGCAAAACGAAAGGGUUUUUGGUUUUUUGAGUUGCUUCGCAAGACGAUUUUCCCUAUGGGCUUGCUUCACAAGACGAAAACGUCUUGCAAGUUUGUUUCCUUUUUCUUAAAACCGUUAAUACAGUUGCGACUUGACUUCGAGGAGCAACUCAUAGCACGUGGUGUGGUAGCCUUUUUUGAGGUUUUUGAAGACUUUGGUGAUUUUUGAAGCUUUUCCAAAACUUUUCUGACACUGUGCUUCGCAAGACGAAAAAAACCGCAAGACGAAAAAACUCGCGGAAUGAAUUAAUUUCGUCUUGCGAGGCACCACUGUACUAAGAAAGGAGCUCCCUUUCUCAUCAUGCAGCAUGGAAACACAGCAAAAUGCCCAUGCAGAGAACAAUCUCUUACUCCACAAACAGCUUUGCAGCAGGGCUCCUUGACUGUAUGUGUGCCUGCCUGUCUUCCAUUAAGCACCUCUCUCUUGGUCAACAUCCCUCUGUCUCCUGUGAGAGUGACAGAGAUACUGUCUGGGAGGCAGACACACAUAUGAAAAAGAGCACUGAGCUAGAUCAUCUAUUGAUCAUCUAUAAAUGAUCAAAGUGCCAUCCGUGGUAGGCUUCCCAAGCUCCCAUGCAUGACUUCCUCCAGUCUCUCUCCCAUCCUUCUCUCUGAUGAUGAGACUGGAAGAAGUCAACUCUCUCAACUCUCUUCUCUUUUAGAGCUUGGAUCCAAGGAGUGUAUCUUUGGAUCCAAAUUAUAUAUGCAAAAUAUUAGGGCAAGAAGAAUUCUCUGCAAACUCUUUCUCUGGUGAUCAUAUCAUUCCUGUUUGAAGGAGUGUGGCAGAUCUCUUCUGUCCUCCUUUGCUAACAUUCAAGGUCCUGGGCAUCUCUUACCCAGUAUUUGUAUACAUCACAGUGGUAAUGGGUGGCCCUUUAAUCAAUUCUUCCCACCAUUUUCAAAUGUUUCAAACUUCUGUCUGCUUUAACUUAAUUACAUACUUACAUCAAAUUUGGAAGCUCAGGUUGUUAUGUGGAAAUAAAAAUCCUGAUUUUGCAAGUGAACAGAUAACUAUAAAAGGCAAAUUUGCAAUAAAUGAUAGAACUUGAUUCUUGCAAGAGAUCUUGUUUAUUAUCUGUUCCAAAUGAUUGCACAGUUCUUUCAUGCUGAGUUUAAAAUUUUGAAAUUGACAGGAAAAGUAGGUUGCAUGCCUCUAGUAAUUCAUACUUUUCUAUUAUACAGUGAUGUUACAGCCUUUUGACUAUGAUCCAAAUGAGAAGAGUAAACAUAAGUUUAUGGUACAGACAAUCUUUGCCCCCUCAAACAUUACAGAUAUGGAAGCAGUGGUAAGUAAAUAGAUUUAAUUUCAGUAUUGUAAGCUAGCAAGAUGAAUUCUUACUUUUUGCCUUUUGCCGUAUUUUAUCCAUUGUGGUUCUUGUAUUAUGUUCAACAUAUAUUUUGAGUCUGUCCAACUUCUCCUCCUCUGUUGCUUUGCUGGCACAAGCUGGAAGAAUACUGUUGCGAGAGACCUCAAAAUGUACAUUCCACUUAGGAACUAAGCCUUGAGCUGCUUUCUUCAUCUUCAGGGAAAAAAAGUGUAUUUGCCAUCAGUUGUUGUUACACCAAUACUUACUUGGAACUACAGUAGUUGCAUAAACUAGCCAUUUUAAUGCAUUAGACAUUAAUGUUGGUCACACUUUUUUUUUUAAAGUGUGCUUAAUGUUACCACUUCUAUUUUGAAGAAAAAAUGGCCUUGUUCUCUCAGUCAGGAUCUCAAAGAUGAUACUGUUUUAAGUAACAAGGACGUUCUGUGUGCUUCUUUUCUGACAAAAUUUCAGUAGAAUAUAAGAUGGUUGUGCAGAACUAAGCCCAUGAAGUAAUAUUUACAAGGAUUAUCUUUGUUUUCUGCCUUUAAAUUUCAUAAAUGCUGUUGCAAAGUGGUGCACAUCUUUCGUUGUUACUGGUAAUUUAUUGGAUUGCUGUUUCACUUCCCCUGAUAAAAUCUAUAAUCUGAAGAGUCUUGUGUUUAUCAAUUUUGUGGCAAAUACAACUUCGGAGUUUCUAAUUCUAGAAAGUAGGGGGAAUAUCUUCUUUCAGGGAAUAUGCCAAUCAAAUUUCCUUCCUGAUAGCCUGAUCCAAACAAAAAAUAAAAUAAUCAUUUUUUUUCACUAUCUUUGAACAUGACAUGUUUUAGUUUUCCCCCCAUUUGAUAUCUACCAAAGCACGAAGAUUAGGCUGAGAGUAUCAUUUCUUUGUUUAUUAAGCAGAGAGGUGUACAAGCCCCAUGCCUGUGUGUGUUAUCUUUCCUGUUACAUCUGGAAGCCUAUGCUUACUAGAACUGGAACAAACCAUGGUUUCAGAUCCUAGUAACCAUAGCAUCCCAAUUUGGAUAUAGUGGGAAUGUAUGGUUAAUUAAACCAGGAAAAUUUAUAGUGGCAUACCCCAGUGUGCUCAGACAAAAGACUUGUGCAUCUUUUUGCUUAAUAUCUUCCCAGACUUGGUCAGUGAUUUGCCUAAGAGCUUCAUGUCUAAGUAAUUAUUUGAACCAUGAUUUCCCACUUCUAAGCCUAUUCAGUCUUAAAAUAAUGUGUAUUUGACAAAGUUUGCAUAUUAUGACUUGCUAAAAAGCUGUUAAGUAAAGCAGCUAAAAUUUAAUUUAUUUUCAUUGUCCUAGUGGAAGGAUGCAAAGUCUGAUGACUUAAUGGACUCCAAAUUGAGAUGUGUAUUUGAAAUGCCUAAUGAAAAUGAUAAGCUGGUAAGUAAAUAAACAAAAAUGAAACAACUUCAAGUAGUGAUUUUAUAACAACGUAUCUUAAGCUAAGAAUGUGCUUCGUAGUUGUUUUGUAUCUGAACAGUUUAUGUAAUUGUAUUAAAUAAAUUAAAAUAUGGGGCAGUGUAACCAGUGAUUCAGUAGCACACAAAAAGCUUUGUAUUUUUAUAUUUCUUUUUAGCAUACAGUAUAAGUGCACUAUUUGCUAUUGCCUCCCUAUCAGUCUAUUACUGCAUCAGUGUGUGCCAUAUGAAAUUGUGCAUGCAUAUGCCUAGCUCAUUUUGUCAAAGUGAAAGCUGCCUUGAUUCCACCUCUUGAAAACUGUGUUGCUUACACAGUGAGUGCAAGCUAGUCAGUUGGGAAGAUGGGGUGUGUUUCAAAGAGGUGCAAUGACCUUGUCACUGGGAACUGAGCAACAAAACCUCAAGACUCCCAUGUAUGAUCACAUAAAAAUCUUUGAAGAAGGGUAGCAGUUUGAAAGAUAAAGCAGUAUGGUAAUAUAUUCUAAGAGCUCUAUGUUUUUAUGACACAAUGAGCUACGGGCAAUCCUACAAUACUCUCCUGUUAAGGAGGAUUAAAGAAGUUGGAAGCAUGAGUGAAAGGGGUUAUUAGCAUAGGAACUUCUAUAUUUUUUAUUUCAGUGCUAUAGCUAAAAGCUACAAGUGUGAAAUCUGAGAAAAGGAAGCUGACAGUGUGCAUCCAAUUCCUUCUUUGCCAAUUUAGGCUGCACCAUCUUAUCUGGUACCUGUGUUAAGUUGCACAUGCUGUAUAGGCAUGUAGGAAAUUGUCUGGGUCAGCAGAACAUGGUUGUCAUACUAUUUGCAAGGAUGUGCUUUUUGUUGAUUCCUGCAUGAAGAUGCACCAUUGCUCAGUGUUGACCCAAGGGAUUUGCUGCCUAAAAUAGAGCUCCAGUGCCAUCUCCCAUUCAGGGACAACAGUUUUCAAAACGCUUGCUGCAGCAUUUAGACAGCAAUUACCGCCUGCCAUCUCAUAGUGUUUCCUAAAGCAGGGCUAGCUUUGCCACUGGUGUAACUGUAGUUGGGGUAUCUAGAAAUUGAUAUGGCCAAGAUCAUGCUAUGAAGCACAGAACUCUUAGAUUUAAUGAAAAAGCUGCUAAAUCCUAAGGCCCCGAGAUCUGUAAUGGUCUUAAAACCGUCCUCUAAUUUUCGUUAUUGAGAGACUUAAAUGGGCAAUUGUUUUGCAAAAUAUUUUAAAACUUCAGAUAGCCACAGUAAUGGCACGAUGAUAACCUUGGUACAACUUAAGAAUUCCUGCCUGUGAUUCUUAAAUCCUUGUUCUUUUGCCUCCACAAAUCUGUUGCCCUCCAAUAUCCUUUAUGCUUUCCUCUUCUCCCCCUGCCCCGCAUUAACGGCCCAAGCUAUUGCCACUUAGUUAUUGCGGUCAUUGUCACAAAGGUAAAUAAAUGUAUGGCCUCGAAUUCCAUUUGCAAUAUUUUGAACAGUAUACCUAAGGAAGAGGUUGCUGUGGGAAAGUUGAGGGCCAGCUCUCACAUGAUUAUACAUGGUUGGGUUGUAGGGAAAAGUAAAACCUAUAUCCAGACAAGGAUGUAGGAACUUUUAAAUCUAGUAGGUUGGAGUAAUUUACCAGUCCAUAAUUGAUAGAGGCAGGGAAGACCAUGCUUUAAUCUCUAGGGUUGGGGUAGAAAGUUAUAUACUAUAUCAUCCACCUUAAGAAGAAAGACAAUUUUAAGCUUUUCAGAAGUAUUAUUCACUUUGUCCACCAUGCACUGAUGUUUGAUAUUUGCUAGCUUAGUUUUCCAUUUAUUAAACUAGAAGAUUAUUUGCAGAUGUUUUUGUAUUUCAAGCAUGUUUCCUUGAUACAACUAGUUAUGUAGUGCUGCUAUUUUUUUUUAUAGAAAGUGCUGCUUUACAGAAAAUAGGAGAGAAGAAACAGUGAACUUAACUGAGCUGGAAGAUAUACUAUAAUCCAGCCCAAAAUCUGUUUCGCCGUUGAAGUUCUGCUUCCAAACUGCUUUUAAAAUUUCUUGUCAGCAGUUGAAAGUGCUGUGGAAACCCCAACAAAAGUAGCCUUAGCUUCUGUACGUGGUUCUGUAUAUAGUUUACAGUAGACAGUGGAACCUUGGUUCCCGAACAGCAUAGUUUCCGAACAAAUUGGCUCCCGAACGCCGCAAACCCAGAAGUAAGUGUUCUGGUUUGUGAACAUUUUUCAGAAGCCGAACGUCUGGCGCAGCUUCCGCUUGACUGCAGGAAGCUCCUGCAGCCAAUCGGAAGCCACGCCUUGAUUUUUGAAUGGUUUCAGGAGUCUUAUGGGCUCUCAGAAUGGAUUAAGUUUGAGAACCAAGGUACCACUGUAUUGUGUAUAGCACAAUCAUAUACAUAUUUAGCCAGAAGUAGGUCCUGCUGUUUUCAGUGAGGCUUACUCUCUACUAAGUGUGAUUAGAUUAGCACCCUUAGUCAAUAAAAUAAAAAAGAUGCUAGCUUUUUUGCCUAUUCCUGUCUUGUAAGCUGUUACUUGACUGCUUGUGCAUAACAUUUAUGUUUUUCCAAGUAGCAGAGAGGGGUUGCAGAGCCUAAUCCUUUAGCCGUUGGUUUAGUCACUCCCCUAAGUCUUGCAAUGAGAGAUCUGCUGAGUGCUGAGGGCAUGUCUCAGCUUCCACCUCAGACUUUAUCUUCAUCAGGAUCCGUACACAUAACUCCAUCCAACAGCAAGAAUCUUCAGAUACCUGCAAGUUAUAGCCAGAAGAUUGACAUGAUGGAGCAAGGCAGUGAGGUCAAACACAAGAUGAAUCAGGUUUGUUUUAGGGAGCUGAAAGCACUCAAACUCUUCUAGUGCCUCAGUGGUUAAUUAAAUUUAUUGUAGUUAGCUAAUAAAAUAUCAAUAGGCUUAAAUUGGAAGAGAGCAUUAUUUGAGAAAGACCUCAACAAUGAAAAUGGUUAAAAUAGCAUUACUUUUGUAGUGUAUCCUGCUCUCAAAUUUUGCUUUAUUAAUUUUUGUUGCUAGGAUUGAGAUAUAUGGCAAGAGGAAGAAGUGAAAGGUCUCAGCCGGAAGGGACCAAAAAAGAUCAGUAAGGCAGUUGAAACAGUCUUAGGGCAGGACCCUAAAUUCUUCUUGGCAACUGGAAACAAAUCUUUGGAUUUGUUCUGAUAUUACACCAAGCCAUGAUUUGGUUCUGAGAACUGCCUCAAAAGAGCCCAUUCACUCUGUCCUCCCCUUGUACAUGUGGUUAUUUUCUGCUUUUCACAAAUCGUAGUUUGUCACUAUUUCUGAACCAGCAAACCAUGGUUUGCACUUUUCCUGCAAAAAAGGAAUGUGCAUAGACUAGAAUUUUUUUGCCGUAGCUGAAAGAAAUAUGUGUCAGUAAUAUUUGACAGAGAUAACAGUUGAUAUUAAGGGGGUUAUUAGUUUACAAAAUAUACUUAUCUGAAAUGUUACAGUUAUUUUAAUUGUACUGGCCUAGGUACUAUGCAUAAUAAAUGUUUCCUAUUAAAACUCUUUAAAAACAUGAUAAUUUUAGGAAGCCAAAUUUUGUGCUUGAUUCAGCCUUGUAUGUGUCAAAUGCAUACAGCAUACACAAUGACGUCUUACUGUACUUUGCAAGUCUGUGACUAUUGCCAUAUCAUUUAUUCAAGCCUAUACUGUUUGUAUUAUAAUCAAAUACAGUAAAAAUGUUUCCUAAAUAUUUGAAGUUUCUUGAGUCGUAUUGCAGAUUGGCCACUGUGCUUAGUGACUGCCACAUGAAAUACAUGGUUUUUCAGUUCUUGAUGUCCUAACUUCUUUCUCUGCCAUAUUCUAAUUUAUUCCUCUCCAUUAUAACAACUAAUUGCAAGGCAGCAUUACCUUUUGCAGUGAUGUUAAUGCUAAUCCUGGUUAGCUCAAAAUCACAGUUGGCAAACACAUUAAGAAAGGGGAGCAUAGAGAGUGUGCAAGCCCAGGGACAUGCCUAAUCUCCCAACCAUGAUUGGGUCAUCAGGAACAUUGUGUGGACUCGAUUACUCUCUGUCAUACACCCAGGGCUAAGAUGUUUAUUUCUGUUGAGUUGUUCUCAUUUUAGAAUCAGGUGGGUACGAAUUGUUUCUCUAUUUUUAAUCCACUUGAAUUUUAAAAAAAAUAUUGAUGUUGGAAAUUUUUGUAAAGGGUUCACCCUAUCUAGGGUUUUCCCAAGAUAUGCUAGUGGACAACAGCUUUAAGUGAAAAAUUAGGCCUUUAUUAAUACAAAUGUAUGUAGAGUCAGCAAAUCAGGCUGGCUGAACUUUGAUCCUCUCGGGCAUUAUCUUUUAUACACGUUCAGCUACACAGGCAAUUACCACUUCAGACAAUUACAGCAAUUACAUAAUCACACUUACAGCACACUGUCAUUAUUCUUAAACCACUGGAGAUCCUUUGGCUCUUCUGACUAGCCCACCCCAACUUUCUCAUGUUCAUACACAUAGCCACAGGCUGUGUGCCUGUGUAUUCCCCACACACACACACACUUUUUGGUUAUUAUGUUACUUAUUUUCUGUUUUUAUACUGUAAACUGUCCUGUGAUCUUUGGAUAAGGGGCAGUAUAUGAAUUUUAUAAAUAAUAACCAUCUUUCUUCAUUGUCUUCUGAUUAAUUGCUCUUUGUAUUAGAUGUCUGCCAAUGUCUGCUUUCAGGUAUCUAUGCUGGGUCUCUUCUUGACCCAGGAUUUAGUGUAAUAACUAUACUAUACAUCUCCUAGUGUUUUGUUCAUAACUCAUCUGCUUACAUUUUGUUCCUUUCAGUUGUGCUAGGAACUGUAAGAGAACACAGGCUUGUGUAUACUUCUAUUUUAAAACAAUUUGUUCUUUGGGAAAGAUUUAAUAAAGCUCAUACGCAGAUUUCAGACUGCAAAGCUCUAAGUGAGCAAAAUGAUUUCAGAGAUGAAAUAAAAUGGGGAAAUGGUCCUGAAACAUAUCUUUAUCAAUCAUCUUUCACAAUGUUUACUCUCUGGUUGUUUUUUGAGCUUUGUCAUCUUUGUAACUAACUUGGUAUUCCUCCCCCCCCCCCCCCCGUGGUACUAAAAUAAAAAAAUGCUUUGAUUAAAGAAAAUCCUGUUCUGAAACCAUUUUUAAUAUUUGCAGAAUGACAUAGAUGCAAGCAAAUCUGCUCCAAUACUGAAUACAGCUAAGCAGGAUGGUCCAAUGCCAAAACCACACAGUGUUUCGCUUAAUGACACCGAAACAAGGAAGCUAGUGGAAGAAUGCAAAAGACUUCAGGCGGAUGUGGUGAAACUAUCAGAGGAAAACAGACAUCUGAGAGUAAGUUCAUAAGAGCAGAUUCAUGAAAGUUGUUUUUAAAAAAACCACCCUGUUUAAACGGAAGUAUUUAUCGUAGUACCCUUAUUAUACAUCCCAUAUAAUUUUCUUCCAAGAACAAAGAAUUGGUAGGCAAUAGGCAACAUCACAGUAGCAGACAUGAUGGGAUUUCACAGGGCUCUCCUCCCCACCCACCUCACACCUGAGCAGAUUUUGGAGGAGCGUAAGGAACUGCAGAGGGGAGGAAAGGAUGUCACCCACAGGAUUUAGCAAACCUACAGCAAAUUCCCCGGCCAGAGUACGUUUAAUUCUUCAAAUUUUUAAUGUCAGAGAUAACGUUUAAUUUUUUAAUAACACACAGUAAAAUAAUUUGACGCUGGUUUCAACUUAAGCGACUUUUCUUAACUGAUAGUCCUCUUAGCACCAAGCCUCCUUUAUUCAUGUGCCUGUUGUUAAGCAUUACCUCCAAACCAGAAUCUGACUAAUCAGGAUAGCUAAAAUUUGUUGAUGAAAAUAAAAUUAUUCUUAAAACUUAGUUCAUUUUAAACUAGGAUUUCGACUCGAUUAACAUCCUGCCUGGGUCACCUAGAUGCCUGUGGGAAACCGACAAGCAGGACUCAAGGACAAGAGCACUCUCCCCUCCUGUAGGUUCUAGCUUCUUAUUCAAAAACAUACUGCUUCCAACUGCUGAGGCAGUAUAUAGCUGUCUUAGCUAGCAGCCAUUGAUAGCCCCAUGAAUUUGUUCAAUCUUCUUUUAAAGCCACCCAAGUUUGUGACUAUCACUGGCAUUCCAUCGUGUGGGAGCAAGUUCCAUAGUUUAACUGUGCUAUGUGAAGAAGUACUUUCUUUUCUAUGAAAGUAUUUUCUUUUAUAUGUGAGUUUACUGUGAGGUUCUCUUGGUUUGAAUCCAAGAGAUGUCAUCCUGUAAUUGUCAUCAAGAGUAUGUCCUGUAUUCUAGUGCCUGUGAAAACUACACACUUCGCAGAGAUGAGGUAGCUGGAGGGUAUAAAACAGGAGUGCAGGAUCACCCACUUUUAAAUCAUGAAGAUUUAUGACUACAAACAAAAGAACAUAACACUUACUCUGCAUCUCAUGGACCAACACUUAAUUUCUAGAUAAAUAUAUGUAGUAGUGCAGCUGUACAGAGAGCCAAACAGCCAAACAGAAACCUGUCGCUUAUCUUUAGGCAUAUAUAAUUAAGCACAGUGUAAAAUGUAUGUGGUAUGCAUGAUUUAAAAUUUUGGAUUUUGGAUUUAAAAUUUUGGAUUAUGCUCCUAGCUCUUUGUCUGCAGCCUUGUCUCACUCUUUUAGUCCUUGUUUCUCAUUAUGUCCUUGCCCGUGACAUCAGUUCUCUUGGCUUUUAUCACAGUUGACUGAAGGUCCCUUCCUCUGUUACAUGACUGACUAUUUUCCCUUGCUGCUCCUUAUGCAUCACUUCCAACAUGGCCUAUAAAAUAUUUGCCCAUGUUCUUUCUUCCCUACCCUUGGCAUUUUCUGCCUGUCCCUGUAGCUUCCCCCACCCACUGCCCAUCUUAAAUGGGAAGCCCCUUGGGGUCAGGGACCUAUCUGAUUUAUUCUAUUCUGCAAAGUACCAUGUACUGAUGGCAUGAUACAAGUACAUUGGAAUAAUAAUUAGUUGUGAACAUGUAUUUUAUUUGUUAUAAGAUAUUUGAGUGUAUUCUUAUUAUUCCUAAAGGGGAUCAGUUUUCAGUUACUUAAAUUGAUCCUUUUUUCUUGGUAAUUUUAAAAUCUCCUUGAUUUAAAACCAACCCACCCUUGAAAUAAUACUAUAACAGCCUGACUAAUAAUCAUAGACAGUGGCUUCCACUGACAGAAGGGGUUUGGCCUCUCCCGAGAAUCAGGGGACUGUUCUAAAUAAAGUCAGUUGUUGAACAGGGGGUUGAGGGUAAAGGAGAGAUAGGAUUUGCCCAGUUUUCAGCUUUUACACUUCCUUACAUCCAAGGCAGUGUAAGCUUUCCCUUGGUGUUUUUUGUUUGUUUGUUUGUUUUUGCUUGUCUUUACGUUUCAUUUCUGAGCAUUACACAAAGCCAUACAAAUCUUGUGGCCACUGAAAAUCUAGAAGGUGCAGUGUUAUGAUGUUUAAUUAAUUUGCAAUCCUGAGCUAAUAGUGGUGUUCUGGGAUAAAUUGCCAUCAUCAGUGGAACAGUUUAAAUAGUUGGGUCUUUUGUUUCCCCGGUUUUGUAAACAGGCUAUUAUUGAUAGUAAAUAACAGUAGAAGGAUUAAUAUAUUUUGCUCUUGUUACUAAUUUAUACACAACAUGCUACACUUUAUUUUGUGCUACAUUUUGACAUCUUUUAAAGUCAGAUAGUGUGCACACACACAAAUAAAUUUGUAUUUCAUUUAAACCUGUCUUAAGUUUUAAAAUGUUUUGGUUAAAUUCAGAUCUGAAACAAUCUCUUUGAUAAUUUUUGAUUGAUUAUUUCCCCCCAUGUGUUUUCAGGAUGAAGGUUUGAGGCUGAGAAAGGUGGCACACUUGGAUAAACCUGGAACAUCAGGCUUGGCUCUCCGAGAUAAUGUCUCCAAUCCUCUUCCCUCACUUCUUGUUGUAAUUGCAGCCAUUUUCAUUGGAUUCUUUUUAGGGAAAUUCAUCUUGUAGAGAGGGGAAAAAGAGAGAGAAGCAUGCAGAAUGCAGCUUCCUUUUUUUUCUUGGCCAGAAAAAAAUGUAUUUACCUACCACUUCAUUGGUAGUAUGGCCCCAAGUGACCAUUAUUGUGUACAGCAUCAUACAGGCUUUGCCUCUAAUGAUCUUGCACGGUUAGACAACACAAUAAAAAGACAAACUGGUCGGCUGCUGGACAAAUUGUAUAUUAAUUCAUCAAUAGCAGGUGUCAGUUGCACAUUCAGUCCUUUAUGAAAAGUCAUACAUAAAUAAAGAAUUGUUCUUUCUUUCUGUGGUUUUAAUAAGAGUUCAAAAAUUGUUCAGAGUCUUGUAAAUGUUAUUUUAAUAAUCCUUUAAAAAAAUUAUCUGUUGCUCUUGCCUCUUGGAAAAUGAUUAUUAGAAUGUUAAUCCCACUUGUUCAGGAAUAUGAUGAGGCAUUCUGUGGGGAAAUGAUUCCUCUUAGUGUGUAAAUUUUAUCCUUUACCUUACUUUGCUAAUAUCAUGGCAGAAUUUCUUACCCCUUGUGAGGCAGUUGUUAAAGUUUUCAUCCUUACAGCCCUGUCCCAUGGUAUUUAACAUACAAAAAAAUAAAACUGUUAACAUACUUUAUGCUGGGUAGCUUGUUUCUGUGAAUUCCACUUUGAGAAAAGUUUUCCUUCAAGUUUUACACAUAACCUUGUCACAGAUGAAUGUUCAGUUCACUAGCUGUGGCUUGAACUGGUGCCAGCGAAGCUUUGAAAGAAACAUAGCUGUUUCCAUACUAUUUAACAGCGGCAGAAAAGGUUUCUGGCUUUUUAAGCAAAAUGAAAGGUUAGAAUUAGUUCUGUUUUGGGACAUGGGACUAAUUACAAGAGGCAGGUAUUUUAAACUUGUCUUUUAAAAUAGUGGUGGACUUUGCAGGUAUCAAAUAGGUAUAUUUCUGUUGAUUCAUUGAUGCUCCCUUAUCUGGAGUCCCCAGCAGUCCUUUAAUGAUCCAUAAUUUUACAUUCAGGCUGACUAGUCCAGAUGUUUUCUGGAAAUACAUUCUGUGUGACCUUUCCAAAUAAUUUUUCCUUAAGUACCUUAGGUUGAUUCCAGCUGAGCAAUCUUUUAUUGUUUAGUUUUAUGAAAGGAAAAUAAAGUUUUGUCCAGCAAAUAUGUCUUGGCACACUUGCCCAUUAGCUAUGCAUACCUUCUAUGUUCUAGAAAGUUUAUUUUGUUGGGUCUGAACUGCUUCUCCUCACUUAACCUCGUGGCUUGUUUCAUUUCUGAUCUCUAUGUCAUUAAGUAGAUAAUUUUGAAAGCACAAUACUUAGCUAUUUUUAACUGUUAGCCACCAUAGGGAGUUAUUUCAGAACUGACAUUCUUGAAAGGCUUAUUCCUGUAGGCAGAAUUUUGUAUAUUCUUGGAUAUGGAUGCAGCUAACUGUUCGAUCUUAUGUAGCUGAGAAAUGUUCUAGCAAAAAUAUACAUAUUGGUUGCCUUUGAUUUCUAGUGCUUUUUUAUUGGAAAAUAUACAUCAUGUACUGUCACUGCUGUCUCUGGCAAACUUUUAUAACACAUGCAAUUUGCAAAGAAGAAGAUGAUCAAACCAUUGCAUGAUGUUUCACUUUAAAAGCAUGCAAAUACAGACGUUUCCUUUUUAUGUGUUCUGGUAUCUGCAUUCAAGUCUUCUCUGACCAUGGUGACUGGAAAAAGUAUGCUCAAGUCUGAUUCUCAUUUCAUCAGUUCUGAAACCAUAAGACUCUCCAUACUGUGGUGUAUAAAUGGUACGUCAGAAGAAAUCAUUUAUUCCUUAAAGGAACUUGACCAUUGGAAGAUUACAGGGGGAGGGGGGGGCUAAUGUACAGGCUGUAACUUCUGGAUGCAUUUGGAUAUUUCUACAGUGGUGCCUCGCAAGACGAAAUUAAUCCGUUCCGCGAGAGUCUUCGUCUAGCGGUUUUUUCGUCUUGCGAAGCAAGCCCAUUGACUGAUUAGCGCUAUUAGCGCUAUUAGCGGUUUAGCGGCUAUUAAAGGCUUAAAGGCUUAGGGGAUUAGCUGCUAAAAGGCUAUUAAAGGCUAUUAAAGGCUUAGCAGAUUAGAUAAAGGGGGGGAAAAGCGAAAAAAAAUCUCAAGACUCGCAAGGUAUUUUCGUCUUGCGAAGCAAGCCCAUAGGGGAAUUCGUCCUGCGAAGCAACUUCAAAACGGAAAACCCUUUCGUCUAGCGGUUUUUCCGUCUUGCGAGGCAUUCGUCUUGCGGGGCACCACUGUAUAUGGAAGGAGAAAAUUUAAAAGUUACAUUUACUGUUAAAGGAGUGUAUACAAAGGUUUGUAGUAAUAGCUACACAUUUUAGGGUUAGAGAUAGAGAAUAAUUCAUCAAAAGCAAACUGAACUUAGAAGCUUAAUAUUGAGAAGUAUCCUGAUGUCAGAAAAUAAUGACGAUCCAGAGACUACCAUCUGAUUAUCAUAAAUAUUGAAUAAGUGAUAAAUUAAGUAGUGAGAGCCUGUUGGGCCAUGUAGUUGGAUUAUAUGUUUUAAAGAGAACUAUUAUUGAACAAGUCAAGGUGCAUUUGGGCGUCAUGUCCAGUAUACGUAAAGUGUGGUGCUCCUUAAAUGGAUGCGCUUCUGGUUUCUAAUAAUCCUUUCAUAAUUGUAUAUAAAAUGUAAUGCUAAACUAUUUUUUUGCUCUCAGGAGUGAUUUUGGAUGAUAUCAACUGUAUUCAGUGAAAUUAUGUAACACGGAUUAAAUUGUCUGUUCCUGAAAUGGUUAGAACUUUGCCUGCUUGCUUGUGUACAUAAAUGUGAGGAAAAUCUGUCCCUGUUACUAAUAAGCGUCAGAAAACUGUGUGUGUGAGAACCUUCUGUCCCCUUAACAUUAGAUUUCAUGUUUGUUGUGAAUUACUUGAUCCUGCAGCCUGGAUAGUCAUAAGCCUUUGUAACAUGUCUUAGUGUACAUUACAGCCGAAUACAAAUUAUGAUAGAAAACAUUGUGUAUUUCAAAUUAUAUAGACAGCCUAAAAGAAGCAG